AUGCUGGUCCUGGUGGGCACCGCAGGCUGUGGGUCUCUGAAGCCCCUGCUCCAUAGUUCCACCCAGGCCAUGUAUGUUGUUCCCUUGCUAGAGCUCAUCCUGACGAACUUGGUUCUUGGCAAGAGUCUCCAAAGGCACAGCCAUCUGUUAACCAAGUCCCUGCAUUGCUAUCAAUAUCUACUGGAGACCAAAGAGCUGGGGUGCCCUCUGGGGUCAGAUAUCUGCCCCACCCUGCACAUAAAGAACAGCAGCAGCUUUAGCCUCGAGGUGAGCAGCUGCCACAGCAGGGAGCAGAUGAGCGAUUGCUCAUACCCGUGCCUCUCUGGUGUUUUUGGCUUUUGGAUCUGUUGCUUCCUGGAUAUCUGUAACAAUCCGACAAACAGGAAGAAGACUGUGCGCGAGGACAGCAGGAGCCACUCUCAGAUCUCCAUCUGGGCCCGGCCCUCACACACCUCGGCCCAUCCUGGCCUCUCCUCUCCAUCCCCUGGCACUGGGGCUGGAGAUGAGCAGAAGCCAGAGGAUAAAGAGCCGGCUCUGAGGAGAUGCAGCACACGACCAGACUGA